AAGUUGAGUGAUUCGAGAUAACCGUGUCGGCAUCUUGAAGGUCAAGUUGUCAAUAAUCUUCCCUCCGUUGCAAUCUUCUCGUAAUUACAAAUUCCAAGUGAUCGGUUGAAUUCGAUUGCUUGUCUCAUUAGAUAAUUCGAGUUCUUCGUUGUCCCAGAUGCGAGAAUCUCUUGCUUGUUCUGUUCUUAGAUGUCUGAAUCUGCUUUAAUCCUAUUAUUCUCUCUUGGUUAGCUGCUGAGAAAUUAAUUUUAGGGUUUUUUUUCUGAGUCUAAGUGGUACUGUCCAAGCAUGGAACCAUCUGUAAAAGAGAGGGUCUUAAGGUCUAGAAGGACUGUCUUUAGCAGUAGUUCAAUUAGAACAAAUGAUAGAGAGGAUAUAGAUGAUUAUGAGAGGAGAAUUGGGAAGGACACCAAGGGGGUUUGGUCUAUGCAGAGUUUUGGUGAUAAAGAAGUUGGUUUAGUUGAAGAAACACAACGUAUCGAGAAUUGGAUUCGACGAAAUAAUAUUGAACAUGACAUGGAUAUUUAUGUUAAUCCUAUUGGAGCAGCGAGAACCCGAGCGACUUUUGAGCAUCAAAGAGUUGAAAGAGAUGCAUUCACAGGGUAUUCUGGAAAUUCUAUGGCUAUUGCUGAUAGAAUAGGUGUUCCGAAUUUCCAUUAUCCUAGUGAUCGACCUUCGAGUUCUAACGUGGAUCGGCUCUAUGGUCAUCCGGAGUCUAAUCAGGACUAUGAACGUCCUUUAGAUGGUUUAGACCCGAAUCGAGCUGAACUACUUAGAAGGUUGGAUGAGUUGAAAGACCAAAUUAUUAAGUCUUGUGAUGUGGGAGAUAGACCAAAAGUUGUUGAGAGAGCUGCAGUCGAUCCGUACUAUGGUCGAGCUACUUAUAAUGUCCCGAUGCAAUCUUCGACAAGAAGCCCGCCGCACAUCUAUGAGCCUCAUUACGUGGAUCGGGGCAAUGGAACCUUUCCAGCAACGGGUCAACAUCAGAGAAAUGGUGAGGAGUUUUUGCAUCCUCCAAGGCAUGUUGUGAAAGAUAUACCAUUGUAUGAGGAUCGGUUUCAGGAGCAAAUGAAAAGAAAGACAAACUAUCCUCCACGGCUUCCUCACGAACACUAUCCAGAAAGCUUCAUGGAUUUGAGAGCGCCAAACUCUCCUAUAAGCAAUGCAAGCAAUCCAAAAGAGUCAAUCAAAUCUAGCACGUAUUGUAACGAGAAUCCUGUAACAGUUGGACUCACGGCUUCCAAUCUACAGCGUGCUGGUCGGUUUCCAUCUCAAGAUGCACUUCCACACUCGAGACAACUUAGUGAGCUUGAUUCAGAGAUUGAUGGUUUCAGUCCGGUUCGUCCAAGAACAUCUGUAGUUUUGCGAAGAAAUGGAAAAUCUCGUGAUGCCAUCGCUGGUGGUGCUCCAUUCAUUGUGUGCAAUAGUUGCUUGGAAUUACUAAAACUUCCCAGAAAACUUUACAAGUUGGAGAUGGAUUGGCAGAAACUACAGUGUGGUGCUUGUUCGGUUGUCAUUAUCGUAAAAGUCGAAAACAGAAGGCUUGUCGUUAGCGUUCCAGCUGAAGUCAAGCCCAAAGAAGUUUCUCCUGACGAUGGUUCCCCCAAAAGAGUUGUCAAUGCUACCAGCUCUCUAGAAAGCUCUGAUAAUUCUAGUCACAAAUCGAUCGGUACCGACCACAACAAGCCCUCAGACGGUCGAGAUUCAAAUCUUGGUGAAACUAUAACGCAGGAGCUAACUUCAUCUCUCAUUUCUUCCAAGGAAAAAGAGACCCCAGCUAUAACUUGUGAUCCCCUGCCUACAAAAGAUGCACCAUCUUUAACAAAUUCUGACAACCCUUCUUAUGAUGAACCUAGCAAAUACAGAGAGGAAAUUGAAAAUAAUCAGGAUACUGCGAUAAACGAUGUCACUGGACCAAGUGAGUUGGACGUCUCGUUUGAAGAUUAUUCGAACAUUCAUAUUUCUCAAGAUUCUAUGGAAAUAAGCAAAGAAGAAGAAGAAGAAAAUCAAAGCAAGAUCAAAAGCAAUGAAGAAUCUGAAACCUUUUUUGUGGAUCUCAGCAAGAACAACUUAAGAGAUUUUUCAAGAUCAAGUGAAAUUACUGAUAAUGGAAGGCCUACUGUUUCUGUUAAUGGCCAGCCUCUACCAGCUCAUGUAGUCAAAAAGGCUGAAAAGCUUGCUGGGCCCAUUCUCCCAGGAGAUUAUUGGUAUGAUUAUCAAGCUGGAUUCUGGGGUGUAAUGGGACAUCCAUGUCUUGGCAUUAUUCCUCCAUUUAUCGACGAGUUCACAUAUCCAAUGUCGAGGAACUGUGCUGGUGGAAACACUGGAGUUUUUGUCAAUGGGAGAGAGCUUCAUAAAAGGGAUUUAGAGUUGCUUUCUAGCAGAGGGUUGCCUACUACUACGAAUAAAUUAUAUAGAAUCGACAUUUCGGGAAGAGUCGUAGAUGACGAUUCCGGAAAAGAGUUAUAUAACCUGGGAAAACUCGCCCCGACCAUUGCUAAGGUAAAACAUGGGUUUGGCAUGAAAGUACCAAGAACACUCAAAGUGACAGACACAAGCAUUUAAGUUUUGGAAAUCCUCCUUCAGAUGCAGCACAGCAGCUUCCGUUUCGUGUAAAAGAAGCCGAUUGCCAAUGCAGCAAUCGACCCAACCCGACUCGACGCUUGUACAUUAAAUCAAAUCAAUGGUACACACCCAUACCUUGUGGAACUCGAAAUUUUCUUUAGAUUCUUUCUAAGUUGUGAGAUUGUUUGUCUGAGUAUAUAAAUUUGAAGUUUGUGUUAGGAGGUGAUUGCAUUCAGAAAUGGCUCAAAACUCGGGGAAAAAAAAACAUAAAUGUUGGUGAGAAUUUCUCAUCCAUGUACAAGGAGCAAGAUUAAUUAAUAACCAUGAAUUCAUGUUCCUACGA